CUGCAAACUUUAUUCAACAAAAAAAAAAAACAUACGUAUCUUAUUUCUCUCGACAUAUCAACGCCCCCUUCUUUCUCACCAUUCAACCAUAUGUCCUUCAUCGUUUGUCUUCCUCCUCUCGUUGUCAUUGCCAUCCAGACCGUUGGUCGUCCACAACAGUCCUGUCGUCGACGUCUACAGUCGUUGCCGACAUCCAUCGCUAGCUCCUCACAAUCGAAGACUCCUUUCACCACCGAUUUUCUUCAGCCUCGUCUCCUCUUGUCGUCGAACAUCUCCAGGUUGGCGCUAUUGCUACCUUGUCGAACCAUCGAACCAGAGGAUCUCCUGAAAAUAGUGUCUCAGUUUCUCUUUGGAGUUUUAAGGAUAGAAUGAAAUUGAAAUUGAAGGUGAAUUGGUGGUUAACAUGAAGAUAGUUGUUCAUAUAGUCUACCAUUACAUAUUUGCCCACCACAUGUUUGAUGAAAUGCUUGAGAGAGACUUGAGGUGUUUGAAAAAUAAAGAUUUGUUGAUUGAGUUGAAAAAUAUAUAUUUCCUUCCUAUCAGAUGAAGAUUUUCAUCGAAAAUUAAUGAAGAUUGGUUGAUUGGGUUUAACAAUCCCAUGAGUUCAAGCUAUUAGUUUAAUCAUCGUGUCAACAGAGGAAUGGAGUUUGGCUUGCUGGUUUAUUUGAUCUUGAUGGUGGGCAUGGGAUGAUUGGUUGGUGGAUCAUUUUUUUUUUAUUGUGUUUGAUGUAGUUUUGAAUUCAAUUAGUCCAUUGGUUUUGCUAAUACGUUUUCCGAUUGCUAAUGAAAACAU